ACGCGUGGCCUCUUGUGCGUGUUUUCUUGUCGCAUCUUUGGUGCGGUCUGAAUCUCCGCGAGGGGCCCGAGUCCGGGGGCACAGCAUCCAGCCAGCGGGGAGAAGACCGCGGCUUGGCUUGGAAGGGGAGGGGGCCCGGCGCGGCCCAACCCGCCUAAACCGCCUGUGGGAGAUGGAGGCUAAGCGCCGCGAGGAGCUGGCGUAGAAGCUGGUCUUGCGGAGGGCCCUCGGACCUAGGCCGGUGCCCCCACGACUCCCUCGGGGGUCCGCGAUGGCAGACACCGGGAGAUGGGACUCCCACGGCAGUUCUUGGCAGGGGGUCCGUAGGGAAAGGGUCCUGAGAAUUGCAGAGCACGAUGACCGCGUUGGGGGUAGUUUCCCCCAAAGACGGAAGAAAGGCCGGGGCCCCUUCCGAUGGAAAUAUGGUGAGACUAAUUCCCGGCCCCGGAACCGUGGCGGCCCUGGUCCCCGAGCCCCACGCCUGGAGGAGGAUGACGGCGAUGUGGCCAUGAGUGACGCCCAGGAUGGCCCCCGAUCCCGGUACGCACCUUACAACUCACGACCUAACCGGAGGGGAGGAGACAACUGGCACGAUCGAGACAGGAUUCAUGUCACCGUGCGCCGAGACAGGCCCGGCCAGGACAGAGGAAGCACCCCUGGCUCCAGCCUGGACGCAGCCUCCAAAAACUGGUUCAGGAUCACAAUCCCUUAUGGCCGGAAGUAUGACAAGACGUGGCUGCUGAACUCAAUCCAGAGCAAAUGCAAUGUCCCCUUCAAUCCUGUGGAGUUUCACUAUGAGAACACCCGGGCCCAGUUCUUUGUGGAGGAUGCCAGCACAGCGUCCGCCAUCAAGGCCGUGAACCACAAGAUUCUGGACCGAGAAAACAGAAGGAUAUCAGUCAUAAUCAACCCAUCCGCUCCUCCCCAGUGGGUGCAGAAUGAUCUCAAGCCUGAGCAGGUGGAGCAGCUCAAGUUUGUCAUGAGCAAGCGCUAUGAUGGUUCCCAGCAGGCCCUGGACCUGAAGGGCCUGCGCACAGACCCAGACUUGGUUGCCCAGAACAUCGACGUCAUCCUAAAUAGAAGAAACUGCAUGUCUGCUGCCCUCCGGAUCAUCGAGGAAAACAUCCCCGAGCUGCUGUCGUUGAAUCUGAGCAACAACCGGCUGUACCGGCUGGACGAUUUUUCAGAGAUUGUGCAGAAGGCGCCAAAUCUCAAGAUCCUGAACCUUUCUGGGAAUGAGCUGAAGACUGAGCGAGAGCUGGACAAGGUGAAGAGGCUGAAGCUGGACGAGCUGUGGCUCGUAGGGAACCCGCUCUGUGACGCUUUCCGGGACCAGUCCUCCUACAUUAGCGCCAUCCGGGAACACUUCCCCAAGCUGCUGCGGCUGAAUCCAGAGUUCAGACCCUCACUCUUGCCUUGCCUCCCCCAGGACGGCCAUGAGUUGCCCCCCCCAAUUGCCUUUGACGUGGAAGCUCCCACUACUCUCCCACCCUGCAAGGGCAGCUACUUUGGAUCAGAAAACCUGAAGGCCAUGGUCCUGUACUUCCUGCAGCAGUAUUACUCUGUGUAUGACUCUGGGGACAGGCAGGGGCUGCUGGACGCCUACCACGACCAGGCUUGCUGCUCCCUCAGCAUCCCCUUCACCAGCCAGAACCCCUCUCGGGGCAACAUGAGCGAGUACUUCAAAGACAGUAGGAACGUGAAGAAGCUCAAGGACCCCACGCUGCGGUUCCGGCUCCUAAAACACACGCGCCUCAAUGUCGUGGCCUUCCUCAACGAGCUUCCCAAGACCCUGCAUGACGUGAACUCCUUCGUGGUGGACAUCUGCGCCCAGACGGAAACGCUGCUGUGCUUUGCUGUGCACGGGGUCUUUAAGGAAGUGGACGGGAAAUCUCGUGACUCUGUGCGAGCGUUCUCCCGGGUGUUCAUCGCUGUCCCCUCGAACAAUGCUGCCAGGCUCUGUAUCGUGAACGAUAAGCUCUUCAUCCGCAACGCCACCACCGAUGAAAUCCGCCGAGCCUUCGCCAUGCCGGCCCCCACCCCCUCCUCCAGCCCCGUGCCCACUCUCUCCCCAGAACAGCAAGAGAUGUUACAAACCUUCUCGACUCAGUCUGGCAUGAACCUGGAAUGGUCACAGAAGUGCCUUCAGGACAACGACUGGGACUUCGCUAGAGCGGCGCAGGUCUUCACGCAGCUCAAGGCUGGCGGCAAGAUCCCCGAGGUGGCCUUCCUCAAGUGACUCCCGCGCUCCCCGCCCCUCUCCCUUGCUUCCUCCUCCUCUGGCCUGGGGCCAGCGUUAGACUGUGAACAAGGGCUGAGAAAGUCCUGGUCUCCCUUGUCCGGGAAGUCUCCACCUUGACCGCGCCGGGGCCGCCGGCGCCAUCGCCCUCUCGGAAGCCAAAGCUUUGUAGGACUGACACUUAACUGUCACCGGCUGGGAUGCCGAGUUCUCGCCAUUUGGGAUCCUUGUUCUUUGUUCUCCUUUUUAUGAUAAAGAGUGAAGUUUUAUUUUGUGUUGUCUGUAGCCAGAAGUGUUACUUAUUCCUGUUCCUGGAGCCCCCCGUUGAUGCCUGCUGCUGUGGGGGAGCCAGCUCACCUGUCUGUCUCCUGGUCCCGGCUGGGCCAGCCCAGCCCCACGAGUGUUCCUGUGGUCUAGCUUAUUCUGUUCUCAGCUGUUCUUUUCUUUCCCUCAUCUCGCUUGCCCCUAUUCCUGUGUCACUGCUAGGUCUCCCCUUUUUAAUUCUCCAGUUUGUUUGUCAAUAAAUAUUGAUAAGAGCUACAAAA